AUGAAAUAUAGUAAGUGUCUAGAUGAAGGGCACACAGCAAACAAUUGUUCAAACGGAUGGAAGUGUAAAAAAUGUGGUCAGCUAGGACAUAGACAAUAUGAGUGUGAAGAGCAUUCUGAUGUUGAAGUUGAGGAAGAAGGCAAUACAUAUAUGACCAACAUGGAGAGUGUCUGCAAUCCAGACAUUUUCCAUGAAAGUGAAAAUGAUGUACAGACCAAUCAACAAACUGAAGAUAAUGAUGAGUCAGUCCAGGAUAGUGAUGUCGAUUCCAAAUGCACGACAAAACCUCUCCUGAAUACCAAGGGUAGAAGUUGGUCAGAGAGUGACACGGAACAUUCGCAUUUGAACCUUGGUGCUCAGGAAAGUAAGUCCACUGGAAAAGACAAUUCCCAACAGCAUAAGGAAAAACAUAAAAUCAAUAAAAGUGUUGACAGAAGACCAGGUAUCUCGAGGUAUUUGACAGCAAGACCGAGUCAUGAUCAGAGUGACACUACAAAUAGCAUACCUAAACAGUCAAAAACAAAGAACAUUGAAAAAUCGCCAGUAACCCCAACAGAGAAUCUGCAUGACGCAACACGAGAUGAGGCUGCUAAGAAGCCAAAAAAAGAGACGCUAAUUUAA